GUGCUGAGGCCCCACAUGGACUGUGCAAGUGGAAGCAAGCCGUUGUUAGGCUUAGAUGUCGAGGGGAAAGUUGGAGCUCAUGCGUGAACAUCCAUCACGCUGCACUGAAAACCUCCGAGGUUCACAUUUUGGAAUUGAAGACACCGCCGGCAAUGGUCGCUAUUGAACGCACGUCUUGUCACCUGUGGAUUUUAUUUUUUAUUUUUUUAACUUUUGGUAGUUGGUGUUGCUCGGGGAAGCGGGCGUAAUUGGCAGGCAUGCGAUUAUCCCACUUUUGAACCGGAUUUGCAAUUUUUCCAAUCACCUGAAUUCUGCGAAGGGAUUACAAAUUUUACAAGAGGACAUGGCGAGCGAGAGGAAACCGAGGCUUUGUGUCAUGACAAAAGGGGAGCAAGGCUACGGUUUUCACCUGCACGGCGAGAAAGGCAAGACCGGGCAGUUCAUCCGCAAAGUGGAGCCCGGCUCGUCCGCAGAAGCGGCUGGUUUACGCGCGGGGGACCGCCUGGUUGCGGUCAACGGCGUCAACGUGGAGCGAGAGACACACCACCAGGUAGUACAGCGGAUCAAAGCUGUGGAAAAUGAGACCAGACUACUGGUGGUGGAUCAGGAGACGCACGAAUGCCUGCGUAACCUGCGCCUCACGGCCACAGAGGAGAUGGCCAUACCCGGAGAAGAGCCACCUCCCCCGUUCUUGCCCCAGGACCCCCCCAGUCCCCCGCCGACUUCACUCCCGACCUCACCCAGCGAGGAUAAGCCCGAGGAGGAAAGGAACGGCUCUGCCAUGCUGCAGUCCAUGCUACAGAGGAGUACGAGUUGUCAGGUGCCAAAACACACCAGGAGGCUACCAUCAUUGGCUGUGAAGAAGGAGAUUUCCGUCCGUGCGGUUGCCCACACCCAGGCGGAGUCUCAAUCACGGCUACACGGCGACCCGUCGGAGCUCGCGCCGCGUCUGUGCCACUUGGUGCGGUCUGAGACGGGCUACGGCUUCAACCUUCACAGUCAUCGGGCCAGGCCGGGCCAGUACAUCCGCUCGCUGGACACGGGCUCGCCUGCAGACCAGGCCGGGCUUCGACCUCAGGACAGAAUUAUUGAGGUAAAUGGCGUGAACAUCGAGGGCAUGCGGCACUCCGAGGUGGUGGCCUUCAUUAAGAAAGGAGGCAAUGAGACCAGGCUGCUGGUUGUGGAUCCGGACACGGAUGAAUACUUUAAGAUGAAGGGCAUCAUCCCCACUGUCAGCCAUGUGAAAGAUUACGAUGGUCCCUCGAUCUCCAACGGAUCUCACAGCCCUCUCAUGAAUGGCAGCUCCACGUCACAUUCCAUCAGGUCAACGACCUUCAAUCACAGGAGCCACGGCAACGGCACGCAGCUGGCGGCCGACGAGCGAAGUCGAUUUUCGGACCCGUUCGCCGAAAUCGGCCUGAGCGCCACGGCGGCCGAGGAAAAGCGGAAGCUCCACGCCAAAGAGAAGAGGCGGGCACCGCAGAUGGACUGGAUGAAGAAAUACGAGCUCUUCAGCAAUUUCUAAGGAGACGCUUCCAACAGGGGAGGAGGAUUUGAAUGAAUUUUGAAGAGCGACUCUUGAUAUUUUAGGAUCACUCUUUGACUCUGGCGGACAUUUUUGUGUUAAAGUAUCUAAAGUGUUAUACAAGCUUGAUCAUGGCAAUGUGGAGUUGCCAUAUGGUCACUGUGACAUCAAUGAUUGUGGCCCAGAAGAUCACUGUGAGAUGGGGACGCCAUCCUCCUCAAGGAAACUAGCUGAACGUGUGCGGCAGAGGGCAGACCGGCCCCACAAAUACAACAUGACCGUAUAUGAUUUUUUUUUUUUUUUAGAUUCUUAAUUUGUUCGAGACAAGAAGUGAUUAAGGUUAUGUAUUCUGGGUGUAUUUACUCCCAAAAAUUGUUUAAUGUGAAAAAAAAAAAACACAUCAACGUGGUAGAGAUUAGAUGAGCAAUGGAAAGUGUAUUUUCCUUUCACUGGCGACCUGCAUUGAAGAGACAGUAUUACAAUAAAAUUAUAUUUUUAAAGUUGGGACUAUCAAAUGAAGCAGAGACCGAACACAAGUACAAUACUCCUCAUUAGCAAAUGAACUCGAUGUGUAAUGUGAUGCCAAGUUGCCUACAAUCACGAUGAUAUCGCGAUACAGCUAAUGCAUGACAAUCAAUAAGCAACUUCAUUGAUUUUCUUCUGAGAAUAGCUUACCAAGGAUGGGACAUUGUUUUGUCCUCGCAAUGUUUCAGAAGUGAUCAUUUGAAAAUGUUUCUAGAAAUAAAGUGCUGCAAACUGGUA